CCCAACUUGCUUGGCCGCCGUGGCACGACGCCUGUCGUUGGCACGAUGGUCGGCGGUUCCCUUCGGGGUUAAACCCCUCACGCUCCUCCUCUUCCUCUUCGCUCUCAGCCCCCGCUUGCCGGGGUGGUCCCGCAGACCCGGCCCGGGGCAGAGCCCGCCCUCCAUAAUCCAUGCGCGGGCGGCACCACCAGCACCGCCGCCGCAGCGCUCUGAGGCGGCAGGCGGAGCGGCGCGAGCCGUACCGUGCCCUGCCGUCUCCGUCUCGCUUUUUCCGCUUGGCCGGUGAGCGGUGUCGAGCGAAGGGAGGGAGAGAUGGUGCGCUGAGUCACUUCACUGAGAGGCUUCUGUACCACUCCAAAGCAAGAAUACAUUGAAGAAUAAAACGUGUGAGGGCACACCAGCGUUUUCCUGGCUAGAAAGCCAACCCUCGAGUGAAAGUAUUGAAGAUUCUAGUCUUGGUGGAACCAAUAUCUCUACCUCCAGUUUUAUGAAUACUGCUAGCCAUGGCUGUGGAACUCUGUUUGCUGUUGCUGCUGUUUUGUGGAAGUACUAUUUCAGAGGUACAGCCCAUAUACAAACCGCCUCCUGGGACUUUGGAUUUUGGAUUUGUACCGACCAAAAUGUAUGAUACAGGUGCAUACCAUGAACCUGGGCCAAUAGGGAUUCUGUUUAAAAUAGUACAUGCAUUCCUCUACUUAGUGCAGCCAAAUGCUUUUCCUCAAGAUCUCAUCAGAAAGCUAGCACAGCAGAAGUUUGGAAAUACACAGGGCGAUUAUCAAAAGCCAGAAAAUGUUGUCCUGACUCUUCAGGCCAUCUACUAUGAAAUUGGUUUUAUAGUCUCUGCAGCCUUGGGAUUGCUGUUUGUUUUGUUACUGCCUCUUGUGGGACUUUGCUUCUGUAUGUGUCGUUGCUGUGACAACUGUGGUGGGGAAAUGCAUCAAAGACAGAAGAAAAAUGCUGACUGUCAAAGGAGCUGUUUUGCAACAUUUCUUUUUGUUGCUUCAUUAAUAAUAAGCAUUGGAGUGCUCUGUGCAUAUGCUGCCAACCAGCAUUUAACUAACCAAGUCCGAGGAGCAAAGAAACUGGUUAACAGUAAUUUCAAAGAUCUGAAAAUUUUCCUUAAUGAUACUCCAACGCAAAUUGAUUACUUGGUGAGCCAGUACAACACAACUAAGGAUAAAGCACUCUCUGACCUGAAUAAUGUUGGACCUUUGCUUGGAAGUAGAGUUCAAGAACAGCUGGGAAAAGAAGUACGUCCCGCACUUGAUGCAGCUCUGACAAUAGCAGGAGCCAUCAGAGAAACAAAGGAAGCACUGGAGAAUGUGAGUGUCUCUGUAGAGGUUUUGCAGGAGGGGACAGAGAGGCUUCAUACAAACCUGACAGAUGUCAAGAUGCAUCUAAACAACACUCUCAGUGAUGCUGCGUGCUCUGCAGCUCAGGCUGCCUCAACUUGCAAUAUCAUCAGGAAUUCAUUGAAUCAGCUGAACAUCAAUGCCAAUUUCAGUGGGCUGCCAGGAGUGAGUUCAGAGCUUGCCAAGGUCAAUGAUGUCCUUAAAAUAGACCUUUCUAGUCUGGUUCAAAAGGGUUAUGCAGCGUUUAAUGAUACUCCAGACUUGGUAGUUAAUCAGACCAGAAACAUUUUAUCAGAUAUCAAAAACGUGCUGGAAUCCAUCGGCUCAAACAUCACUACCUUCACAAAAACACUCCCUGUUCAGAAGGUUUUAGCAGAUCUGACAGUGUAUCUUACACAGAGUGAAGCAUAUGUUCAAGAUUAUUUUCCACUAGUGGAGCAGUAUGAUUUCUACAGGUGGCUGGGCUGUCUCAUUCUGUGCUGUAUGGUGGUCCUGAUUCUGGUCUUUUACUAUCUUGGAUUGCUAUGUGGCACCUGUGGUUAUGACAAGCAUGCUUCUCCAACAACCAGAGGUUGCAUCUCCAACACUGGGGGAAACUUUCUAAUGGCUGGUGUUGGAUUCAGUUUCCUCUUCUCCUGGGUGCUGAUGAUUGUUGUGGUGCUCACUUUCAUCACAGGUGGAAAUGUAGAAAAACUGGUUUGUGAGCCCUUUGAAGAUAGAACUUUAUUCAAGGUUUUGGAUACUCCCUACUUACUAAAUCAACACUGGAGAAACUAUCUCUCUGGCAUCCUGUUUAAAAAUCCCAAUAUAAACUUGACUUUUGAGAAAGUAUACAGCGAUUGCAAGGAAAACAAAGGAAUUUAUACUUCCCUUCACCUAGAACACUUAUUCAAUAUCAAUGAAUUUCUAAAUAUUAGUAUGUAUACAGAAGAUGUAGCACUUAAAAUUGAACAUAUUCAGAUAAACCUCAGCAAAAUCAUUCUGCUGGAUGAAAUGGGGAAGGAGAAUCUCCUGAAUUUCAGCUCUUCAGGAAUAGAAGGGAUAAACUUUGCAGCGUAUUUGACAGAGAUCAAUAAAAGCGUUACCAAAGUUGAUCUUCUGUCAUUUGCUAAUGACUUAGAAGCAAGAGCAGACCAGCUGCCAAAAGGAGCACUGGAAAAUGCCUUAAAAGGACACGCAAACAGCAUUCGAAUGAUUCACAACCAGCAAGUUGUUCCACUAGAGCAAGCUAUGAAAUAUGUUAAAGCUAGGAGCACUUUAAAUCAGAGCAUUAGGCUACUGAAGAGGACAUCAUCUGAACUUGUGGGUAAGGUGAAAAAUGUCAUUAGUGCUGUUAAUACUGCCCAGCUGCUCAUAAAUAACAAUGCUUCUCUAGUUAUUGUCCAGGAGACAAAAAAGUACAUGGAUACCAUAAUUGGCUAUUUUGAACAGUACGUUGAGUGGGUCAAGGAGUCGAUUGCCAUGGAGGUAGCAGCAUGCAAGCCUAUUGCCAAUGUGAUAGAUACAGCAGUAGAUAUUUUUUUAUGCAGCUAUAUAACUGAUUCUGUGAAUACCUUCUGGUUUGGUUUGGGAGGCUCUUCAAUAUUUUUAAUUCCUGCCAUAAUUUUUGCCGUAAAACUCUCCAAAUACUACCGGAGAAUGGAUACAGAGGAUGUGUAUGAUGAUACAGAAAAUGGUAAUAAUGGUUAUCAUAAAGAGCAUUUAUAUGGUGUACACAAUCCAGUUUUUACAAGCUCUGUGGAACAGUGGUAACACAUACUGGAAAAGGGGCUACACAAAUGAGACUCAAGAUUCCUCUGCAGGAAUAUGUCACCAAUCUUCCAAGUGUAUUGGCAUUUGCAUUCAUCUUCCAAAUCCUGAGCCACUUGUUUUAUCUCACCUGUACUGUAGGUCUCAACUGUACUAUUGAAUGUUAUGCCAUAAACUACUGUGCAGAUGAUUCUGCAAUCAGGGCACUGCCUCUCAAAUAACCACUGUUCAAGGCUUGAAUUUAAAAUGGGUUUUGGUUGUUUUUUUUAACUUUUUUUACACUGGGCUUUCUACUUUACAUCACAGUGUGUAAAUUAAUUAGAUUAACAGCCUUUGCCUAGCAAUCCUUUGACAAUUGGUCGAGUUCUUUAAGUGUUGGUUUGUGUUAAAUACAGUGCAUACACGUUUACAUAAAAACACACUUUGUAUACAGAGACUUUUUGUAUAUAUAUACACACACACACAUUUUUCUUAAAAUGUAGAAGUGUUUAGUUAAGAUUUUAAUACUGUAUAAUACUCUUCACAAACAAAUUUGCCAGCAUGAUCAGUGUUGCUAUUUGGUGCUCUUGAAUGACCUAUUUGGACUAAAUUUGAAGUGUAAUGGGAUCCGCAUUAUCUCUUUGUGUCUCUGAAAAGUUCAGUUGCAGUUUUGGUUUUUCCCUCUCUUUUUUUAAAAAAUCAUUUUAAUUAUUUAAUGUUUAGUGGGGUUUGCAGUAUAGACCCUAAAAAAGGGACUUCUUGGUGAAGUUUGUUUUGAAGCUCUUUGGGUGGGAGGGAUGGGCAGUGUGUGUGUGAUGUAUAAUGUAGCAAAAGAAGCUAAGCUUUCUAGAGGACAAUAGUACUCAAAAGGAGCAUGAGAGAUAUCAUAUGUUGGUCAUUUUUAGAAUGCUUUACAUUCUCUGUCUCGCUUUUCGUCUUUCACACUCACUUCUGUCACAUCCCUGGUGGUAUCACUGUUGAGCUGUGUCUCUUUCAGGGGGCAGUGAUCCUAUUUUUGCUAAAAUAUAUAUAUAUAUAUUCAAACUAUGAUUUCCAAUAUUGAAAUUCAAAUGUAUUUAGCAAUUGGAGUUAACAUUUGUACUGGUUAGAGUUAUUGCCUUGAAUUUAGGCCUAUGGUUUUAUUGCUGAAUUAGUUAAAACAGUGGAAUUCAUCAACAUGGCCAAAAGUACCUAUGUUACUAGAGUGAGACAUGCCAGCAGGUGAAGCAAUCAAUUUAAAAUAGUGUCUCUUGAUAUAUCAGUAUUGUGACAUUUGUUUUCAACAAGGUUCAUUGGCUUGAAGUAGAGAUAAUGCUGUAAAACAUUCAUACGAGAAGUGAUAAGAGUCUUUAAUCUGAAAUAACCUUAAUCUUUUUUCAUUUUUAGGUCAGAAAUGGAAACAUUUCUAAUUGACAGUAUGUAGCAUAUGUGUAUAUGUAAUGUUCAGAGCUGCAGAUUUUUAAAAGUUUCUAUUUUUAAUUUGAGAAAAAUGUUCCCAGUUCAUUUAAAUAAAAAAGAACUUGCUUAACUA